GCCUGCCUGCCUGUCUGUCAGCGUGUGAAGGUUUCCAGCCCUUCUUCUCUCACUCCUUUCCCUUUUAUCCUCCUGUGCCACACACCAGACCUUCACCUCUUCCUACUCCUCCUCCCUCUUCCAGCUACACUUUUCCUUCUUGCUUUGUGUGUGUGUGUGUGUGUGUGUUUUUCCUCCGGACCGCCGACAGCCAGGCCGCGGUCACUUCAACGAGUGUGUGUCACUGUUGGUGUGAAAGCGUGUGUGAGUGAGAGAGAGAGAGAGAGAGAGAGAGAGAGUGCGCCGGUCCAUCCGUGUUAUUUCCCCCCUUUCCGUCCCUCCCAACCCUUUUCGGUCAUGACGCUGGAGGCGAUCCGCUACCGGGCCGGGUCUCUGCAGAUCCUCAACCAGCUGCUGCUGCCACACCAGACGGUCUACGAUGAGAUCCGGUCUGUGCAGGACGCGUACGAGGCCAUCAAGUCCAUGAAGGUGCGAGGUGCUCCUGCCAUCGCCAUCGUUGGCUGCCUCAGCCUGGCUGUGGAGCUGCGAGCAGGUGCCGGCGGUGAUGACCCUGUGACCUUUAUCCGGGAGUCUUUGUGUCACCUUACCUCUGCCAGGCCCACCGCCGUCAACAUGGGCCGUGCCGCCCGUGAGCUGAUGGAGUUUGCGGAAAAUGAGAGCAUGGAGAAGAACUCGGAGCAGCUCAGAGAAAGUGUAAUAUCCUGGAUCGAAGACAUGCUGGAGCGCGACGUCAAUGACAACAAGAAGAUUGGUAACUACGGCGCCCAGCACAUCCUGUCCGGUGUCCCGAGGGACUCUGUUACCGUCCUCACGCACUGUAACACUGGCUCACUGGCCACGGCUGGAUAUGGAACCGCACUGGGUGUGGUGCGAAGCCUCCAUGCACUGGGCAGGCUGAAGCGUGUUUACUGUACAGAGACGCGGCCGUACAACCAGGGGUCCAGACUGACGGCGUAUGAGGCGGUCGCCGAGGGAAUCCCGGCAACACUCAUCACAGACAGCAUGGCGGCCCUCACCAUGAGAGAAAUGGACAUCACAGCUGUGGUGGUGGGUGCAGACAGGGUGGUUGCCAACGGCGACACAGCCAACAAGGUGGGCACCUACCAGCUGGCCAUCGCCGCCAAGCACCAUGGGAUUCCCUUCUACGUGGCCGCACCCAGCACAUCGUGUGACUUGAGCCUGGAGAGCGGCAGGGACAUCAUCAUCGAAGUGCGCCCCUCAGAGGAACUCACCAGCAUAAACGGAGUCCCAAUCGCUGCCCAAGGUAUCGAGGUGUGGAACCCAGCAUUUGACGUGACCCCUCACCAGCUCAUCACAGGAGGCAUCAUCACAGAGCUCGGGGUCUUCCUGCCCUCGGAGCUGCAGGCAGCACUCACCGGCCGCCUCACUGCCCUCUAGAGCCACUCAGCACCUCCUGCUGGUCCAUGUGCACCACUGCACCUCAUCAUGACACUCGGAGACACACAUUUCAUCACAGAUCACACACCGUCAUGGAUGCAGUUGUUUAAUUUCUGUGGAUCCACAGUCACUGUUACAUAAUGGUGGUGCACAUUAAAAAAAAAAAAAUCUGUCUCACUCACACAUACACAUGAACACAUUGCAGGAAGUCAGAAAGACUCUCCUUUUUAUUUUUUCUUGUUUUCCCAUUAUGUCUUGUGUUCCGUCUUCACCCCUUUCUCAUUCUAAAUGGCUUCUAUGACAAUAAGUAUCUAUUUGGCAAACAAUUUUACGAGUCAUUUGGAGGUAAAUUUUCAGGGCAUCAUCAGAUAAAAACUUACAAAAGUGGCAUGACUGAUUUUUCAGCUUAAAAGUAGUAAUCAGCCAUAGUUUCUUAAAAAAAAAAAAAGCUGCUAUCCACCUGUAAAUACACAUAACUUUGCUGGUAGAGUGUAUAUAUGUAGAAAACUAACGCCUGCUAGAAGACGAUACUGCUAAUUUAACCAAAUAUGCGGUUAUUUAAAUUUCAAUCUGACAUUGGAAAUGUUAUAUUAACAUUUAAUUUUUGUUUUCUUUGUAGAAUCUUUUGUAGAAGAAUAAGCUGAAAUGUAUAGAUCUUUGAUUUUGACAACCAAAAAUGUAUAAAAAAUGAAAAAUUGGUAUUUCAUUCACACUUUUGACCCCGUGUGACACCAUUUUGAACGUGAAGUCUGAUUGGUCCUUGAUAGUCAGCUGAAGCCUUUGACAUAUUUACAUUUAGUCCUCACUCUCUGUGACUCACUAAUUUUACUAUAUCAUGCCACACAUAUAUUCUCAAAAUCUGCUAUAUACACGUGUGUAUAUAAAUAUAUAUAUGUGUAACCAUACAUAUUUCAGUGUUACGCACUGCACAGGAUGAGCUUUCUUUUUUUUUAAGAUGGGACUUGGUGUCGUCAGCGGCUUCUGCUUAACGCUGAGUGCAGAUGUUUAGAGGAAUCCUCACUAAAGGAACAAUUCACAAAAUCUGAUGCUACUUCAGAAGAGGAAUCAUAUCAACAAUGUUCAGAAUAAGCAAACAGGGCUUGGUAUCCAUUAUGUUUUCUAGAGCAUCCAAACAAGACGAGGAGAAAAAGCUACAGUUUUGUGUUUUAAAGCAACAUAAUUCAAUUUUCCACUGGAUAGUAUUGGCUCAACCCAUGUUCUUUUUUGGCAUCAAAAUGGGUGAAUCAGAAUGUUGAAGUUGAUUCAAAAUGAGACAUUUUAAACAAACGCAUUGUCUCAUCACCAUCACUGCAUCAUGUUUUAACAGUUAAGCUACUGCACUCCACUUACUGUAGCCUGUAUUCCAUGUAUUUAUAUUCAAAGAUAUGUUUGCACACCAAAAAACUCUUUCAUGAUGUUUAAAUGUUGGUGUUUUCUCCUUACAACCAGGAAUGGGGUAAUUCUUCGAAUCAUCCAUCUCUACUAGAGAGGAUCUUUGGCAUUAUUUCAGUUAACUAUAACCUGGGAGACGUGUCACAAAGUGCUGUAAAAACCCCAAACCCACGUACAUGUUGAAAGAAUCCUCCUAAAACUGAAGUAAUAUCUGCAUCUUAUUUGGUGUCAUUUGGAAUAACAAAAACUUUGAGAAUGUUGUAUAGGUGCACAUGUAAACAUAAUAAAUGAACAUGGGCUAUAUGUGCAGUGAAAAACAAAUACCCUGGACCAAAAAGGAGUUGAGUUGAGUAGGUACUAUUUGAGAAAAAAGCACCAACAGUUUGAAUGAAUGAUUGAAUGAUUAUUGUAAUGGACGAAUUAUUCCUUUAAUGGUGACGGGACGUUUUUCAGACAGCUGUGUCUCUGCACAAUCUGUCAGUCAUAACUGAAAACAACACAUGAGAAUGUAACAUUCAGCCCAGAUGAACUUAGUUGUUUCGAGCCAUGAUUGACUCCUCAGAAAAGGCUUCACUUCUUGCCUUUGUGAUCUGACCAGAAUGUGUUUGGACAAAUCCCUGUUCAUUACUCAGAUGCAGUUUUUAAUCCAGUCUGACCUUCAUCCCUGCUGCAUGACUACCAUUGUCCUCCGAAUCAAACAAACAGAGCAGACGGUAAAACUCCUGGAAACUCUUCUUCCUCUUCAGCUGUUGGUUGGAGCCAAUCAAGUUGUCUGCCAUGUAUUAAGUAUAAACAACAGUUUGUCUCCAACCCUUUUAAAAAUCAAUAUUGUGCUGCAGAGAUUGAUGACACAAAAGUCAAUGGUCAGGCCACACACAACGCCAGAUGACCUCUUAACCUCACAAAGCUCCUGUGUGGAUUUCACGUUUCACUUGAUUUAUCUAGACACAAAUACACACCUACAUUUAUAAUCAAUGGGACCACAGAGGUCCAGAAAAUACCAAGUAAAAUGGAAAAAAAAAAACUAUAUCCAUAGUGUCAUUGUUCAUAUUUUUAAAAUACUGUAAAAUAAGCUUCUUCACUUUGCUCAUUUCUGCACUUCACAUCUUUUCUCCUCUUAUUAAACCUCGACUCACAACGAUGCUGUUAGGUCACACACCGGCCUAAACGACACUUGUGUGUUUCAGUUUUUGUUUUUUGUACAGCUAAAAAACAUCAAGUGUUUGGGGGAAAAAUUAGAAAGUAUUCCAGACAUAUGUAGCAAACUUUGUGGCCGUCAGACCUGCCGCACAUUGAUUUAUUUUGAACCCAAGAAGUAUGAGAUUUUGUUGAGUUUUGUCUGUACAUCAUGAGUAUAAUUGUUUGGCUGUGGUUUGUUGUUUUAUUUCAUGACAUUUGUGAUUCCUUGUGACUAGGCCAUGAUUACAGCACACUGGGGAGGCCUCCUCAACCAUACACACUACCUCUGCGUCUGCCUACACAGACUCCAACACUGAAAUGCAUGAACACGAGCACUGAAGGUGCCGAGGCUGCAGCAGAGCAGAUCUAACUCUUUAAAAGAGAACAAUCUGGGCUUAAAUUUUCCACAACUUGCCAAGUGUAUCUUGAUCUCAAAGUGACAAAUGAUAUGCAUUGUUGCUUUUAAUGUGUCAAACUGGAAUGUGAUGUGGGGUUGCUGCUAGUUUUAUUUCUAGCACCAGUGUGUUUAAAAAAA